GCUUCUCAAAACAACAAGAAAUCAACUACAAUUCUUCCACUUCUAUCCAACAAUAGCACGUGCUUUACAAAUAUCUCGAAAUUAUAUUGCAUAAUCAAGUCUUCAAGGAUCCUACCAUCAAAAUGCAUAUCUCAAGCAUCAUGAAGCUCUUCCUCCUCGCUUUCGCUACUCUAAGCUUUGCUGCACCAACUCCGAUUACUACGCCAAUAGGUGCAGCGGUUGAGUACGCUCGUGCUGCUCAAGAGUCUCCAAUUCAUCUUGUUGAGCUUAGCAACAAGCGCGAUGGCCCUAUCGAUCUUAUUCAACUUCCUGAGAAGCGCAAUGGCCCUAUUGACUUAAUCCAACUUGAUGAUGCUCUUGAUUUGAUCAAGGUUGCUGAAAAGCGACAAGGCUCCUCCAUUAACCUCGUUCAACUUCCCGAGAAGAGACAAGAUGUUCCGAUUCAUCUCAUUCAACUUUCAAAGCGUGAUGACCCUACCAAUCUCUCCAAGCUCCUUGAAAAGCGACAAGACUCCCCAAUCAACCUUGUCGAAUUGAGUAAUCGCGAAACCACCAAGUAUAGGCCCAUCCGCUCUCGCAACGCCCAAGAUGCUGCCAUAAAUCUUAUUCAGCUUCCUGAGAAGCGUCAGGGUUCCCCCAUCAACCUUGUUGAACUCAGCAAUCGCGCGGAAUCUGAGCUGCUAGAAGCCAGACAAUCCGACUGUGGUUCUUCACCUUACCAAAACCCAACAUGCAACGCUGGUACAGGCUUGAGUAUUCCAUCAUUGGCUGUGAUCGCUAUUGCCUUGUGCGCCAUUAUGAUUAUUUGAAAGAGCUUGAAGCAUUGGGGUUGGGGGGAUCUUUGUGGGAUUUUGCAGGGCGUAUUAUGGAUGGAAAGAUCAGAGGGCAUGUUCACGAUGUGCUCAUGGGUCUCACUUUGAAGGGCUCAUUCUUGCUGUGGCAUUGCACUUUUACACUUUGUUUUUAGCGUGGGUAUGAACCCAGGAUGGUUCAUAUCAUUUCACACUUGCUGGUUUUCACAUAGACUGCUAAUUCACAGUCGGCUAGCUAGCAUCUAGAUAUGCAUUUGCACAAUAGCCAAGGAUCA